GCUAAUGCUAAGGAAGUGUGGCUACACCCCCGGGAUUUUUGUGUACCCAGCUCUGUGGGGCGUAAAUGCCGUUAAAAGUUUGUCGAAAUACUGUUUUUUCAUUUUACAUGUAGGCGUUUGUUACCGUGACAAUGGGAGCGAACAACAGCAGCGGCCGUGUGUCGUUUGAGUCGGAUGAGAAGGAGAACAUAACUGUGGUGAAGGGCAUCCGGCUUUCUGACAAUGUCAUCAACCGUAUGAGAGAACCUCCAGCUCCUCCAAAAGGCUCCUCUUCAGCUCCUCCUGCGGCGGGCAGCCCCACUUCCUCUCCUCUCCCACAGCCUGCGCCUCCCCCCUUUUCCUUGCCUCCACCCCCCUCUCUCAUAGAGUCAGCUGUCCCUCCCACGCCUUUUCCGACGGCCCCGUCAACCACAGAGAAGGUGGUUGCAUCUGCUCCUUCACCGCCUCCUCCCAAGCAGGUAGCAACACCCGCCGUGCUCCCCUCCAGUCCCCCUCACACUGCUCCCGAUGGUCAUUAUGUGGCUGUGCCUCCUGCUCCUCCUGCUGUUGAGCAGCAUGCCACCAUCCCGCUGCCACCCUUGUGUCCUUCAGAGGAUGCCGCGCACUCGCAGCAUGCCAUGUCAUUUGCAUCACCUCCCCUACCUGAGGUUACACCUCCUCAUGAACCGUCUCCACCUCCUCCUCAGCUCCAGGUGGAGCCCGUGCCUCCCGCUCCGGUCCCUCCACAAGCGGCCGUGCCAGAGUCUGUUCCAGUUUCGACUCCUGCAGCACCAGCUGUUGAUGAAGAUGCCUCGAGGCAGAAGAUUUCAGUUGAGCUGUAUCAAGGCUGGGAGCAGAAGAGGGCCAGUGCAGAGCAAGAACAACGAGCCUGGAUAGAGGAGGAGAAGGCCCGGCUGUCGGCACAGGCUGAGGUCCAGACCCAGCUCAAAGAUGAGGUCUUCAGGAUGUUGUCGUCACAGAAGGCUGCGACCAAAGAGGACCUCCAACACACCUUGAUGAAGGAGAGGAUUGCUGUUGAGGAUGAGAAGCGCCAUGUUGAGAUUUCCGCAAAGCAGCUGCAGGCCAGAGAAGCAAAUCUACAGAAGCAGGAUGCAUUCUACAGACAGCAGGUGGCCCGGCUGGAGGAGAGGAGUGCAGAAUUCUACAAGACCACCACAGAGAGCUACCACAAGGCUGCAGACGAAGUGAACGCCAAAUUCAGGCGCUAUGAGGUGCAUCCUGUGUGUGCAGACCUGCAGGGCCAGAUCUUCAAAUGCUACAGGGAGAACGUCAGUAAAACCCUUCUCUGCUCUGACAUAGCAGCCCUUUACCAACAAUGUGUCAACAACGCUAAACAGAACAAGUUGAGACCCGGGGGUUAAAGGAUAGAGACAGAAAGUAGCAACGGGAAGUUUAUCAUGUGGAAUUACCAAUUAUCGCCCAACUGACGGACCGAACACGAGGGGAGGAAGAGAAGUCGACACUGAGACGCGCACCCUCCAAACCCCGUGGAGAACCGACCUGACCCGCACUGGAAGCACACAACAAAGAACCCUGAGAGGGCGAGAGAGACAUCUCCUGAUUCAUCUCUCCUCACCUCCUCUGCUCUUUAUUCCCUCUCCUUUUGUCUGUUUCUCUCACGCAAAGGGAAGCAACAGCACCCUCUGCCUUUUUGGAGACUUAGUGGUAUUUGACAGGCCUGAGCUCCAACCAAGAACCAACACUUGGACACGUGCAAAUCAGUCAGUCCAACACCUUAUGUAAAGUGAAGUCAAUUUUUUUCCACCAAAUAAACAGUCAAAUCCCAGUUUGAAGUUGA